UCACUAAUCUUGUAUUUGAGAAAAUAUGACCAUGCAAGGUUCAAUUAUUCCCAUUCACUGUCGUAAUGGCAAGCAAGCUACGAUGAGUGCGCCUGCUUGCCCUUACGACAGUGACACUCAUGGAACAGUCUUUACGAGAUAUGUACUCUGCGCAUGCGCAACCACUGUCCAGCUGACGACGGGGAGUCCACCAGACGGCGACUCUGCUCGCUCUCCCGCGGCAACUGCCGCCGAGACGGAACAAAAGUUUCUUGGCAAUGCCAGCAAACCAUAGUGCCUGUACACCCGCGGAACGUCACAGCCGCCAAGCGACGCCAUCAAGGUAGCCAAGUGCUUCCACCACCUCUAGAAUCUCAGAUGACAACCAAGGACGUGGAGGCUCUCUGCGUUCGUCUUGGCCAGCUGUCCGCGGACGAACUUCAGUCUCUCGAUGACGUCAAAGCGCCCUGGCUUUCUCGGCUGAAAGGCGAAACAGCGGUAAAUGCCGUCAACAGGAUUCAGCGCUCUCUCGAUGCCGUCAACUUUUGGGAGCAUCGGCUCGCUUACGUCGCCUGGCUGUAUUGCUGGCUCAUGCGGCGGGACAGGCUCAGCCCUUGGCUUCUGUACCACUUUGACGUCCCUGCUGCUACAGUUGACUGUUCCGAGCUUCUGGGACACUUGGUUUCUUCGAUGAUGGAGCCCAUCUCCAACACGACGGCCAUGCAGGCUAGUGAAGGAGGUGCCUUGCACGCCUGUCUUCUGACCAUGGAGCCAGGAUUUGAGCCGUACGACCACAAGUUACUGUGCUUGUGCCUCUGGCCCGGGUUGCCCUUCGUGGCCGCCCAUUCGACGGGACUGAGGAUCCAGCGCCGGCUGAUGAUCGCGCUCGGCCGUGCGCUGCGCGAAAUUCCAGUAGAAGUGGUGGGUGGUGUUCACAGAGACCUGAGUUCCGUGUUUGGUGCGGCCAUGCGUUAUUGCAGCGACCCGCUCGAGCAUCGGACGGCCGACAGAACUGAACGCCAAACCACCAUCCAAGAAGAGCGGCAACAGGGGCGAUAAUUGUCCCGGGAAAUGACACCGAAGGUCAAGUUCAAGGCCGUCACCUUCCAGGGGGUGCAUUUUCACACACGCAACCACUGCGACAGCAGCGGAGGCUUCUCUUGAGUACCACGCUUCUCAUCGAUGUCACCACGAAAAUAUCUUACGUCCAGAAGGGCGGCUAGCGGCUCAACCUGAAGGCAUUUAAUACAUUUCAUGAAUGCCCCACAGAGAUAGCUGCACAGUCUACGCAAGAAAUCAUUCGAAGGAGCAAUCUGCAUUCGCGCCCACAUGAACAUUUAGGGCACUGUGUGGUACGGCACGGUCAGGGUGCUUGCUCGCGAAACGCUGUCGUAUUCGAGAGGACGUUGCUGGCAUGAAUUUGCACAUCGAAACCUACAUGACAUGUUGAGGCACUAUGCCUGAUUUUAGGGGUAGUAUGCGGUCAUGGUGCUCGCUCUUCACUAUAGGAUGAUCCGUAAAAGGCCCAUGCCAUAUCCAAGUGCGGAAUAAAAUGGCAUGCUGAUACGGAAGAAGUGUAAUGAUAGGUGGAUGUGCUUGAAUCAACGGUGCCCUAAACUCGCAGACUUAGACAAAAUAAUUUCAACGGACAGUUUUCCUUCAUGUAUGAAAAUGCACAUUGCGCGUAAGUUUUAUUAACGCCAACUUAAUUGUCAAUGACAGACAUCGUAAGCAGGAGCGUAGGAAAGCUAUGUUCUAGAUAGCGGACGCAACUACGCCAUGUAGGCUCGUGUACAUUAAUCAUUUAUCCAGAAUUUGCAGCCAGGGACAACCAAAGACCCUUCAGUGAUAAAGGGUAAGAGGUGACGACAAGCUUUGGCGUCAUUGGACUGAGAAAAAUUCUGUGGGUGCCCAAACGGCGAUCUCUGAUUUUUUUUAUUUUUUCAAACUUCAGAGACAGCGGACUGAAGUAUUUCUUUUGCAACCUAAUGUCAUCUUUUCUUUUAUUUUAACUCACUCAUUCGUCACGCUCACAUUCUUGUAUGUUUUUAGUACUCGUUAAGGCUCCGUGCAGUCCUGCUCUCCUCUAGUUUUAUGCUUUCGUCUUCGAUGAUUCCUUUAUGUAAUGUGCGCAAUAUGUGUUUGUGUUGUCCUUCUCAGCACCCACGAAUUCCUCCCAUAUUGUCAUAAAGAAACAUUAUCGCUUCUGGUGCAACAGUAUAGCUGCCGCGUUUUUUUCCAAUGACCUCAGUUGCCUGAUUCGCCACACUGUGUCUCUUGCAAUAAAUAAAGGUAUAACCAGUUAGUUCGCCAUAUGAGAUCUUUAUUAAUGCAGGUCAUGCGCCUGUCUUAUUUGCUUCACUGUCCGGUCUUCUUUGCUUGUAUGGUCUGUAUGACUAAGUACGAGAAGUUUUCAAUUUACCAUCAUAACCAUGCGGAUCGGUCUAUGACGGUGUUGUGCCAAACCACGUGCCUAUCAUCGAGGCGACGGGGGCUGCCAUACUACGUGCACCACGUGCAUAUCGGCGCGCGCUAGGCGACG